AUGAGGAUAUCUCUAAAAAGAAUAUGGAUUCCAACCAUAUUAAUUUUGAGCAUAAUAAAUUUUGUACAGAGUAAGAAUCCCCUUGAGCUUAAUGAUAACCAUAUACAUGGAAUAAGUCAUAGCCAGAAUAGGGUUGAAGCAAACCUCUCUAAACAUUCAAUACGACAUGACAAUAUACAUACAUUUGAAGAGAGUACACAAAUACCGACUAAUGCAAUAUCAGAAGUAAUAUCUUCAGCAUCUCAAGUAGAUGAACUUAAAGAAACUGAAGAAAGUAUACACAACAGCAUAAUAGAAAACGAUAUCAAUUUACCUCAAAGUUACAAUGCAGGUUUUGAAUCUAUUCAUGGCUCCGUAGUCAGCCGAAAGUCGUUAAGCGAUUUCAUUCUAUCAGAUCUCUUAAUUGCAGCUGAUAUCGAAGGUGGUCUUCAUGCUAUCAACCGUGAAAAUGGUCAAGUAUUAUGGUCAAUUCUGUCAUCUCAGUUUAAUCCACUCAUUGAAAUAAAAGAACCUCCAAGAAAUUCAACAAAGGAGAUAUUGAUGGUCGAACCUUUUGGGGACGGUAAGAUAUAUUAUUUCAACAUGCAUCAGGGACUGCAAAAGAUACCCGUUUCAAUAAAGCAACUGAUAUUGACAUCUCCAAUGCAUAUGAAGGCAAAUGUUAUUAUUGAUGAUAUGGGUACCGUCGUGGAAGAUGAAAAAAUAUAUACAGGCUCUAGAAGAACUAUUAUGUAUACGAUUGACGUAACUACCGGAGAAAUAAUAUCAGUUUUUGGACCAGGUACAGCAAAUAAAAAUUUUAGAGAAUCUGAAUCUGAAAAUCAAGGAAAUGUAGUAAUCCUGGGUAAGACAAUUUACGAAUUAGGAAUUCAUUCCAAAGAUGGAUCCACUUAUAAUGUAACCUAUUCUACCUGGCAAACUAAUACUCUAGACCAACAUUUAGCAGAACAAAAUCUGCAAGCUAACACCAAUAUUCUCAUUGCACCAUUUAGAGACAAAAGUAUGCUAGCAAUCGAUUCUAACCUAAAAAUAGCUAAAUGGGUUUCUCCAAAAUUCCCUGGCAUUAUUAUGUCUGUAUUUGACGUUUUUGUCGACACUAGUGCAGGUGAAAAUAUUAUCGUGCCACACCCAUUCCAAUCUAUGGAGAGCGAAGACAUCAAAGGUGAACAUAUUUACUUAGAAGAAACUGAAAAUCAUUCAUGGAUUGCUCUUUCUAGUCAAAACUUUCCAUCACUGGUUAAAGCAGCACCCACUUCAAAAUAUAGUUCUAGUGAAAUAUGGAGAGCUCCAUCAAUAUUUGAUGACGAACUGUUAUUCAGAGACGCUAUAUCAGGUGUUCAUUCUUUAGCUACAUCCCAUUUUAAACCUACCCUGGCGUUACCCUCAAAGGAAAGCAGUGUUACACAUAAUAGACCAAGCAACGCGUUGAUGAUGAUUGAACCAAAUACAUAUAACAACUUUCCAAGUGUUAAAGAGGAGCAAUUUAAUUCGUUAGAACGGUAUAUAUCACCGAUGGAACUUGAGUUGUAUAGACUGAAAUUAGAAGAACAAAUUACCAGGCAGAUAAUGGCACAGAACAAACAUUCAUUACUGCAUACAUUAGGGAAUUUAACUUAUAAAAUAUUUGAGAGUGGCUUUAUCAUAUUGGCAUCACUCGCUCUUCUUGGACUGCUACAAAAAUUUAACAUUACACCACCCUUUCCGGUUAUUCUGGAAAAACUUGGGCUUAUAUCUCCAAAGGAAGAAGCUUCAAAUGGCUCAGAACCAAAUGAUAAAUCAUUGGUAAAUGGAGAGAAGCAAUCUAAUGAUCACACCAACCAUGUAAAAUUUAAAGAUAAUGAAGAUGACCAUGAACAUGAAGAUGAACAAAAGGAAGAAAAUGAAAAGACGAAUGUCGAGAAAUCUAGUAAUGAUAUCCCUGAAAAUGGGAAACAAAUUGAAAGGAAAAAGAGGAAAAGAGGGUCUAGAGGUGGUAAGAAAAAUAAAUCUAAAAAAGUUUCUCAAAAUGAACAUCCCGACCGUCUUGAAUUUGAGACUGACCUCAGAAACCUAACCGUAUCCGAUACCAUAUUAGGAUAUGGAUCUUCUGGGACUGUAGUUUUCAAAGGAUCUUUUCAAGGCAGGGAUGUUGCAGUUAAAAGAAUGUUAAUUGAUUUCUGUGAUGUCGCAGACCGUGAGAUUCAACUUUUAACCGAAAGUGACAACCACCCCAACGUCAUAAGGUAUUAUUGCUCCGAAAGAACUGACAGGUUUUUGUACAUUGCAUUAGAACUUUGUACUGCUACGCUUCAGGAUCUGAUAUAUGGGAGAAAUCUACCGGUUGAAGUAAUGAAACUCAACAAUUCACUUGAUCUUAUAGAUAUAAACCAUCAAAUUGCAUCUGGUGUCGCACAUUUACAUUCUUUGAAGAUUAUACACAGAGAUUUAAAACCACAAAAUAUCUUAGUUUCAAUUAAUCAACGUGAGUUAUUCAAUCCAGAAAAGUCUGGGAGCAAAUUGCGUAUUUUGAUUUCUGAUUUUGGUCUAUGUAAAAAACUAGAUAAUGAUCAAUCUUCAUUCAAGACGAACAUCAACAAUCCUGCAGGUACUACUGGAUGGAGAGCGCCUGAGUUGCUAGAAGCGUCUGUCUCGAAAAUCCUGGAAUCCAUUAACGAAAGAAACGAGGAUACAGAACACUCUACAGAUCACAAUACAAAUUCUAUCUCAGUGGUGUCUACUGGUUCAUUUUAUGAUCCCUUUAUCAAGAAAAGAUUAACUAGAGCCAUCGAUAUAUUCUCAUUAGGUUGUGUAUUCUUUUAUGUUUUAACAAAAGGCCAACAUCCAUAUGGUGAUAGAUACAUGCGUGAGGCCAAUAUUAUCAAAGGGAUUUAUGACCUAUCUCCUCUUCAAACACACAUAAAAGAUAGAUCUAACGCGACAGAAGCAGUUGAUCUGAUAUCUAGUAUGAUUUCAAAAGAUGCAAGAAAUAGACCUACCGCAUUUACCGUCCUAAAACAUCCAUUAUUCUGGCCAGCAUCCAAAAAAUUGGCAUUCUUGUUAAAAGUCAGCGAUAGAUUUGAAGUAGAAAGAAGAGACCCACCAAGCCCAUUGCUGCUAAAGUUAGAAACGAUUUCAUCAAAGGUUAUCGUUGAUGGUGAUUGGUCAUCCAAAUUUGAUAAAGCUUUUAUGGACAAUCUUGGGAAGUACAGAAAAUAUCAUUACAAUAAAGUCAUGGAUCUCUUGAGGUCAUUAAGAAAUAAAUACCAUCAUUUUAUGGACUUACCUGAUGAUCUGGCUAAAAAAAUUGGACCAAUUCCUAAUGGUUUCUAUGAUUAUUUUAGUGUACGUUUCCCAAAUUUAUUGAUGGAGAUAUAUCAUUUAACUAAAGAAGUUCUUGAAGAUGACCAAAUGUUAAAAGAAUUCUUUUAA